GGAAAAGUCUGCCUUCGGAGUAAAGGAAACUACAUAAGAAGAAAUGAGCCUUUCAUUCUGUGGUAACAACAGUUCUUCAUACAACAUCUGUGAUGGUGUGUUACAAAACCCUUGCUUUGUGGAUGCCCUCAACCUGGUCCCUCAUGUCUUCCUGCUGUUUAUUACUUUUCCAAUUUUGUUUAUUGGGUGGGGGAGUCAAAGCUCAAAAGUACAAAUUCAUCACAAUACAUGGCUUCAUUUUCCUGGACAUAACCUGAGAUGGAUUCUUACAUUUGCGCUCCUGUUUGUGCAUGUCUGUGAGAUAGCAGAAGGCAUUGUCUCUGAUUCCAGGCAGCAGUCACGCCACCUCCACCUCUUCAUGCCAGCUGUGAUGGGCUUUGUUGCCACAACAACGUCGAUAGUGUAUUACCAUAAUAUCGAAACAUCAAAUUUUCCUAAAUUACUUCUAGCCCUCUUCCUGUAUUGGGUAAUGGCCUUUAUUACAAAAACCAUCAAGUUGGUUAAGUACUGGCAGUCUGGCUGGGGAGUAUCGGACCUCCGAUUCUGCAUCACAGGCAUAAUGGUCAUUUUGAACGGACUCCUGAUGGCUGUGGAGAUCAAUGUCAUACGGGUGAGAAGAUAUGUAUUCUUCAUGAAUCCUCAGAAAGUGAAGCCUCCGGAAGAUCUCCAGGAUCUGGGCGUGCGAUUUCUUCAACCAUUUGUGAACUUAUUGUCAAAAGCAACAUACUGGUGGAUGAACACGCUUAUCAUAUCUGCUCAUAAAAGGCCCAUUGAUUUGAAAGCGAUUGGGAAAUUACCAAUAGCAAUGAGGGCGGUAACAAACUACGUUUGUUUGAAAGAUGCAUAUGAAGAACAGAAGAAAAAAGUAGCAGAUCAUCCAAAUCCGACCCCAUGUAUGUGGCUAGCCAUGUACAGAGCUUUUGGACGACCAAUUUUGCUGAGUAGCACAUUCCGCUAUCUUGCUGACUUACUGGGCUUUGCUGGACCUCUCUGUAUUUCUGGAAUAGUUCAGCGUGCUAACGAAAACAGAACAAAUAGCUCAGCAGGAGACAAGAUUCCACAUACCCUUUCCUCAAAGGAAUUUCUUGAAAAUGCUUAUGUCUUAGCUGUCCUUCUCUUCUUGGCCCUUAUUCUGCAAAGGACAUUUUUGCAGGCAUCCUACUAUGUGACCAUAGAGACUGGCAUUAACCUCCGGGGAGCCCUGCUGGCCAUGAUCUACAAUAAAAUCCUUAGACUCUCAACGUCCAAUUUAUCCAUGGGUGAGAUGACCCUGGGGCAGAUCAAUAACUUGGUUGCCAUAGAAACCAACCAACUCAUGUGGUUCUUAUUCCUGUGCCCUAACCUGUGGGCUAUGCCGGUUCAGAUCAUCAUGGGAGUGAUUCUGCUUUAUAAUUUACUUGGCUCCAGCGCACUGGUUGGAGCAGCUGUCAUUGUGCUGCUGGCGCCAAUUCAGUAUUUCAUCGCCACGAAGCUGGCAGAGGCACAGAAGAGCACUCUGGAUUAUUCUACUGAGAGGCUUAAGAAGACAAAUGAAAUAUUGAAAGGCAUCAAACUUCUCAAGUUGUAUGCCUGGGAGCACAUUUUCUGCAAAAGUGUGGAAGAAACAAGAAUGAAAGAACUAUCUAGUCUCAAAACCUUUGCUCUCUACACAUCACUCUCCAUUUUCAUGAAUGCAGCAAUUCCCAUAGCAGCUGUUCUUGCUACAUUUGUGACCCAUGCGUAUGCCAGUGGGAACCACCUAAAGCCUGCGGAGGCCUUCGCUUCACUGUCCCUCUUCCACAUCCUGGUCACGCCACUCUUCCUGCUCUCCACAGUGGUCAGGUUUGCAGUCAAAGCUAUCGUCAGUGUUCAAAAACUAAAUGAGUUUCUCCUGAGUGAUGAGAUUGGUGACGACAGCUGGCGUGCUGCCGAAGGCUCAGCUCUCCCUUUUGAGUCGUGCAAGAAGCACACAGGCCUGCAGCCGAAAACUAUAAACAGGAAACAGCCUGGGCGAUAUCACCUGGACAGCUACGAGCAAUCCACACGGCGCCUGCGUCCUGUGGAGACAGAGGACAUUGCAAUAAAGGUCACAAAUGGGUACUUCUCAUGGGGCAGUGGGAUAGCGACCUUAUCCAAUAUAGAUAUUCGAAUUCCCACUGGUCAGCUAACCAUGAUUGUUGGCCAGGUGGGCUGCGGGAAGUCCUCUCUUCUCCUUGCCAUCCUUGGAGAGAUGCAGACGCUGGGAGGAAAAGUGCACUGGACCAGUGUAAAUGAAUCUGACCCUUCUUUCGAAGCAACCAGAAGAAACAGGUAUUCUGUGGCUUAUGCAGCUCAAAAGCCUUGGCUCCUCAAUGCUACAGUAGAAGAAAAUAUUACUUUUGGAAGUCCUUUCAACAAACAGAGGUACAAAGCUGUCACAGAUGCUUGUUCUCUUCAGCCAGAUAUUGACUUACUACCAUUUGGAGACCAAACUGAAAUUGGAGAGCGGGGCAUUAAUCUGAGUGGAGGCCAGAGGCAAAGAAUCUGUGUGGCGCGAGCCCUGUACCAGAACACCAACAUUGUCUUCUUGGAUGACCCAUUCUCGGCUCUGGACAUACACCUGAGCGACCAUUUAAUGCAGGAAGGGAUUUUGAAGUUUCUCCAGGAUGACAAGAGGACACUUGUUCUUGUGACCCACAAACUACAAUACCUAACACAUGCCGACUGGAUCAUAGCCAUGAAGGAUGGGACGGUGCUCAGAGAAGGGACUUUGAAAGAUAUUCAGACCAAAGAUGUUGAGCUUUAUGAACACUGGAAAACACUGAUGAAUCGGCAAGAUCAGGAACUAGAGAAGGAUAUGGAAGCUGACCAGACGACCUUAGAGAGGAAGACUCUCCGAAGGGCCAUGUACUCGAGAGAGGCCAAAGCCCAGCUAGAGGAUGAGGAUGAAGAGGAGGAAGAGGAGGAGGAUGAGGAUGAUAAUAUGUCCACUGUGUUGAGACUCAGGACAAAAAUGCCAUGGAAAACAUGUUGGCGGUACCUCACGUCUGGGGGCUUCUUCUUGCUGUUCCUGAUGAUUUUCUCUAAGCUUCUGAAGCACUCGGUGAUUGUAGCUAUAGACUACUGGCUGGCCACAUGGACAUCAGAGUACAGCAUUAACACUGGAAAAGCUGAUCAGACCUACUACGUGGCUGGGUUUAGCAUACUUUGUGGAGCAGGAAUUUUCCUCUGCCUUGUCACAUCUCUCACUGUGGAAUGGAUGGGCCUCACAGCUGCCAAGAAUCUUCACCACAAUCUCCUCAAUAAGAUAAUUCUUGGACCAAUAAGGUUCUUUGAUACCACACCCCUGGGAUUGAUUCUGAAUCGUUUUUCAGCAGAUACAAAUAUCAUUGAUCAGCACAUCCCCCCAACGCUGGAGUCCCUGACCCGGUCCACACUGCUCUGCCUGUCCGCGAUUGGCAUGAUUUCUUACGCUACGCCUGUGUUUCUGGUUGCCCUCGUGCCUCUCGGAGUCGCCUUUUAUUUCAUCCAGAAAUACUUCCGAGUGGCCUCCAAGGACCUCCAGGAACUGGAUGACAGCACCCAGCUCCCUCUGCUCUGCCAUUUCUCAGAAACAGCAGAAGGACUCACCACCAUCCGGGCAUUUAGGCAUGAAACCAGAUUUAAGCAACGCAUGCUGGAGCUGACAGACACAAACAACAUUGCCUACUUAUUUCUCUCGGCUGCCAACAGAUGGCUAGAGGUCAGAACGGAUUAUCUGGGUGCUUGUAUUGUCCUCACUGCCUCGAUAGCGUCCAUUAGUGGGUCUUCCUCUUCUGGACUGGUGGGCUUAGGGCUUCUGUAUGCACUUACGAUAACCAAUUAUUUGAACUGGGUUGUAAGAAACUUGGCUGACCUGGAGGUCCAGAUGGGGGCAGUGAAGAAAGUCAACAGUUUCUUGACUAUGGAGUCUGAGAACUACGAAGGCACCAUGGAUCCUUCUCAAGUCCCAGAGCACUGGCCACAAGAAGGGGAGAUCAAGAUUCAUGAUCUGUGUGUCAGAUAUGAAAAUAAUCUGAAACCUGUUCUUAAACAUGUCAAGGCUUACAUCAAACCUGGGCAAAAGGUUGGCAUAUGUGGUCGCACUGGCAGUGGGAAAUCAUCGCUCUCUCUGGCUUUCUUCAGAAUGGUUGACAUAUUUGAUGGAAAGAUUGUCAUUGAUGGGAUAGAUAUUUCAAAACUACCACUGCACACACUUCGUUCUAGACUCUCAAUCAUCCUGCAGGACCCAAUACUGUUCAGCGGCUCCAUUAGAUUUAAUUUAGAUCCAGAGUGCAAAUGCACAGAUGACAGACUCUGGGAAGCUCUAGAAAUCGCUCAGUUGAAGAAUAUGGUCAAAUCCCUACCAGGAGGUCUAGAUGCAGUGGUCACUGAAGGUGGAGAGAAUUUUAGUGUUGGACAGAGACAGCUGUUCUGCCUUGCUCGGGCCUUUGUCCGCAAAAGCAGCAUUCUCAUCAUGGAUGAAGCCACGGCUUCCAUUGACAUGGCCACUGAAAACAUUCUGCAGAAAGUGGUAAUGACAGCAUUUGCAGACCGCACCGUCGUCACGAUAGCUCAUCGGGUUCACACCAUUCUGACGGCAGACCUGGUUAUUGUGAUGAAGCGAGGGAAUAUUCUAGAAUAUGACACUCCUGAAAGCCUCUUGGCUCAAGAAGAUGGAGUAUUUGCUUCUUUUGUCCGUGCAGACAUGUAAAGGAAUGUCUUACAGUGACAAGCACAUUUAAAAUAGUACAGUCAUAAUCUACAUCAUGGAUCAUCAGCCUGACUGUCGUGAUGUGGUACCUCAAAGUUUCACACUUUCAUAAAUCUUGUUGGCUAUGUUGUAGACCUGUAUUUAGUAGAAACAUCACAAUAUUAGCAGAUAUUGUAUUACCAAGUUAGCAUGUCUUCCUGAUUUUUGUUAUUACUGCUUAGUCUGCUUGUCAUGGACUUCUGUUAAAUGAUUAAGCUACUUUAAGGAUAGCAGGCUGUAUUAAAACAUGCUACUUGAAAUAGCAAGUCACCAGCUAGUUUUCUCAUCAUUUCAGGCAUAGAAGCUACAAUGACAAAUAUAAUACUUAUUUGUCAGAAUAUAUUUUCCUUUUUGCUGAUGUCUCAAAAUGAUGUUGGAAGAAAACAGUUCUUAUCAGUUAGAAAAUUGGACACUUCAAACUUAUUUACUGUAUGGAAAUGUUCCCUUUUUUCCAUCUAAAUUGCUUCCUGCCACUAAGAAAUAAUCACAUACAUAGUUCUGUAAAGCCAUGAUGUUAACUAGAAAGAUUAUGAAAAAAGCUUAGGUAUUUGAGAAGAGCUACGUCCAAACAGUAAUUAGCUCCAGAAUUUAAUUCAUCUUUACAUUUGGUAAUGAUCCUGAGCCCUAAAAUGCUGUUAUUCAGGAUUCAGGAUCAUAAGCAAGUGGCCUUAUUCUGCAGACUAUACACACACAUGCCUCUGUAUGUAACUACUUAUAUAUGUGUAUUUCUAGGUGACAGUGUACUUUUACCAGGUAUGCUCAGUUAUGUUAUAUGUGUGUAGAAUUUGUUCCUGCUUUAAUUUACUGUGCCUGUAAAGUAUAUCCUAAUGUUACUCUAAACUUUCUAGCUUUUGGUCCUGCUCCAAUUUUAAGGUGCAUAUUAAGAGUUCAAUACAAUUAGCAGAAUGUGAGUUCAAUAGAACAAAAGUUCUAGUUAUCAAAAGUUUUCAUCUGAGAAUCCAUGUCCAUUUGAAGCACUCUGAUUCAUGGAAAAAGAAUGUAUGCUCCCUCCACAAAGAUGUGUUUAGCCUACUGAAUUUUAUAUUCACUGUUGGAAAACCAGUAGUCAUUUGUAAGGGACAUAUGUAGAAUAAAAUAAAAAUUUUCACUCCAUAGUGGUGAAAAUAUCCUGUUAUUUAGCUUAAAGUGUCAUUGAGAGAAAACUGCUUACUAAUUUUGCUCUAUUUAGCUUUUAGGAAGCAGUAACUAGUAGAUGGAUGUAUUAGCAAUAUAGUACUUCCAUGUAUUGCUGGCAUGCACCUGUUUUAUAGGAGCAUAGAGAGGAAUUUACAUGACAUGUUACCGGUUACCUCAUUCUCACUGAGAAAUGUGGAUUUACCCAUAGAAAUAAGCACUCAUAAUAUCUGUAGGGUACACUGCUGUAUAGACAGUGGCAGCAGAAACCUCACUACCACGAGUCACAUCCACCCUUCUUACACUCAGGUGGUUGCUGGCUCCCUUAUAACUUUUAAAUUCUUUUUAGUCAUCAUUAAGUAACUCAAGUCAGGUUAUUGUUCUAGUUGUUCAUUUACGUAUAGUAUCUAUUAAGUACAGAAGUGAUUCAUCUGGAAAUACAUACUAAGGAGAUACAUCACUAUAAAAGACCAGCUCAACAAAAUCAAAGUUUAUAAUUUACAUUUAACUAGCCAAAUGUUAAAACAUCAAGUUAUCACUAGGAAAGACAUUCCUCUGAAAGGCCUGUGCUCUCCUUUUACACUGCCACUCACCACCUAUUUCAGUCAGCCAGCCCUGUAUCAGAUACCAGAAGACAAAUCUAAGUAAUGGAUCCUUGAGAUCUGGGACCAUGUCUUGUUUGUCUCUGUGACCUUGGCACUUAAUACAAGCAUCUGGCCCAUGGUAGGUAGUAAACAAUAGGUUACUUACCCAUUGAUAGUUUUACCACUAACCCUGUGCCUACAGCUAUAAUGUAGUCUCUCUACUUUCUGUGCUGUGUUUAUUUUACUGUGAAAAUAUAUUGGU